AUGACUGUGCAUUUAUUUGGAGCAACUUCCUCCCCAGGUUGUGCUAACUUUGGAAUGAAGAAGAUGGCUUCCGACAAUGAAGAACAGUUUGGGUCUAACAUAGCUGACUUCAUAAGGCAUGAUUUUUAUGUUGAUGAUGGGUUGAGGUCUGUAUCUUCUGUUCCUGAAGCUGUCAAUUUGGUUAAGAAAAGUACUGAGUUAUGCAGUAAGGCUGGUCUUAGGCUCCACAAGUUUGUCUCUAAUUCUAAGGUUGUGAUACAGUCCCUUCCUUCUGAAGCUCGAGCUAAAGAUCUCAAAAAUGUUGACUUGAUUGGUGAUAACUUACCUGUUCAGAGAACCUUGGGAGUCCUUUGGUGCUUAGACUCUGAUACAUUUCAGUAUGAGAUGGUCUCAAACAAUCGCCCUCUCACAAGAAGGGGUAUCUUAUCUACAGUCAGUUCGAUAUACGAUCCUCUUGGUUUUAUAUCUCCAGUGGCUUUAUCUGGAAAGCAAAUUCUGCAGCAGAUGUGUGCAGACCAGGUGGGUUGGGAUGACCCCUUACCAGAAAGUCUAAAUGGCAAGUGGGUGAAGUGGUGUGCUGACCUGAAGAAUCUUCCUCUUUUGAAGUUUCCAAGAUGUGUUAAGCCUGAAGGUUUUGGCAAAAUCAGAAUUACUGAGAUGCAUCAUUUUUCCGAUGCAAGUAGCUAUGGGUAUGGGCAGUGCUCCUAUAUUCGUUUGGUGACUGAUGUUGGCCAGGUGCAUUGUGCAUUAUUAAUGGGCAAAUCUCGUGUUGUACCUUUGAGACCCAUCACAAUACCACGUCUUGAAUUGACAGCAGCUGUGUUGUCAGUUAAAAUUUCCUCGCUUUUGGAUCAAGAACUUGAGUACCCAAACCUUAAACACUUUUUCUGGACCGAUAGUAAGGUUGUACUGGGAUAUAUUUGCAACGAAGCAAGGAGAUUUCAAUAUUCGUCGCUCAACAGAGUUCAGCAAAUCAAAGAGCAUACAAACCCUAACCAAUGGAAUUAUGUUGCCUCUGGUGAAAAUCCUGCGGAUUUGGCUUCUCGAGGUGCAUCUGUAGCAGAGCUAGCUAAGACCCCUAUGUGGCUCAAUGGUCAGAAUUUCUCUGGAAGCAGGAUGCAAUUUCAGCAAAUAUCGGUGCACAGUUUUCAGUGUAAACGAGCGGUAGCAUUGGUGCUUAGGUACAAGGGAAAAUUGUUGCAAAAAUCAGGGAAGUUGCAAACUACUGGUGUGGAGAAACGUUCAUUACAUUACAGUCCCGUUACUGUAAAUGAACUACAGAAGGCCGAGACUGAAAUCUUUAAGGCUGUCCAGUUGUAUGAUUUCAAGGGUGAGAUUGAUACACUUAAGACUCAUAAUAUAGUUAGAGUUUCUAAUGACAGGGCAGAACAGUCAUUAAGAACUAAGUCCCUAAAGGGAAGGUCAAACCUGUGUUCCUUAGAUCCGUUCCUUGACAAAAAUGGCUUAAUUCGUGUAGGUGGUCGUGUUCAACAUGCCGAAAUGUCAGAUCUGGUGAAGUUUCCAAUUGUACUUCCUAGAAAGGGUCAUAUAACAGAGCUUGUUAUACGGCAUUAUCAUGACAAGGUCAACAUCAGGGUCGCGGAAUGA